CGAUGACGGUGAUGACGUGGCACGACGGCGACGAUCGCGACGAUGACGUGGCACUGCGACGACGAUCACGACGACGAUGAUGAUGAUGGCCAGGUGAUGGCGACGAAGCAAGGUGGGUCAGGCGGGUUCGAACCGCUCCGAUACCAGUGUGACGGGCGUGAGGCUGAGGAACACCUACAUGACAUGAUCAGAGCAAAUGUCGCUAUAAGAGGACUGACCAUCGUUCUGGGACUGCAGCUCAAGUCCAAUAGCUUCGCAGACGACACUGCGGCAGUCACAGAAGCAUCUGACACGAGUGUGUCAGCCAUGCGCCACACUGUUGCUACGUUUCAGCACUUUGCAUGGGCACAAGUUAAGUGGGAGAAAUCCACAGUUCUUCUUCCCCCAAACGCGGACCCGGAUCUCUUCCAAGACAUGAAGAUCGUACCGCAAGGACAGAACACUCGCUACCUGGGUAUUCUGCUCCCAGCAACACUCACAACAGGAGAACAAACGAAAAGAUUGCUAACAACUGCUCUGUGCAAAAUGCAUAGAUGGGCCAAAGGCAUAGAUAUGGGAGUAGUGGGGAGGACCAUCAUAGCUAAUAAUGCAGCUUCUUCCACACUGUGGUACGCUGCACCUUUAUCGGCCCCGGAGAACAGGGCAUGGCGUGAGUAUAAACUGGCAAUUAGGAAAUACCUUUGGAAGAACGAUCCGUAUGCACCACCACUGAUUUAUCGUGUUCGUUGGGAGAAACUGAUACAGCCCAGAGCACAGGGAGGUCUGGGACUGUUGGACCCACAUCUGCAAGCUACAACGCUCCAAAUGAGAACGGUGAUGUGGCUGCUUCUGGAGAAAGAAGACGCUCCGUGGAAAAUCAUUACACUGGCCAGCAUGACGAAGGCUCUCAAGGUAGCAGAUGUGGAAACAACAUUGUUGUACCCGCAACUUCAACAAGGGCUCACACGUGGGGCACUGUGGACCCCAACGCUGGAAAAAUGGAAGAACAAUGCACUGCGACAAACAGCUCCCAAAACGAUGGAUCAAAUUUUGGGACAAUCCUUGUUUGGCAACGCCUUCAUUUGCAGACAAGGACGUCCCUUUGCAUGGCAGAAUGAACCUGGAGCCUUUGGGCGGCAGUGGCUUGCUUGCAGGGUUUCGAGAAUUCAGGACCUUUGGGAUUCUACUGAGAAUGAAUGGAAGACUGACACACAGAUGGCAGCCCUCCUACGGCAACAACCGGAUCGCCAAGUGCGCCUGCGACAACUCAGAGAAGCCAUACCAGCAACAUGGGUACAUCGCAUGCGACUGAAUCAGAGGAUGCAAGGGGAAUGGGUAGCGCUUAACACAGAGGAUCCACCACAAGCUCUCUUCCGACUGAGAUCUGGAGCCCAACAAGACUGGUAUGAAACAGAGGCAUGGGAGAUCGCGGAUCCAAACGCAGCACUUGGGGAACCAAUGACAAGAAUUUCAAGCAGAGAUGGGCUUAUUCAUAGACUCAAUAUGUGCUCAGUGGUGGUUCUCAAGGAUCGCACACAACACUCAGAACCGAAGUUUCAGCCUUUCAAACCAAGAAGAACCCCAUGUCAACUGCCCGGGGACCCUUCUUCGUGGGAAUGGAGUGCAAAGAACACACAGCGAAAACAGUGCAGGUCACACCAAGUCACUACCAAGACCAUAUACCGCACACUGUUGAGAAUCACAGAUAUGGCAGAGGAGAUGAAGACAAGAUGGGUGAAGCGAGGAUGGCUGGAAGCACAGGAAGUACAUACCUGGACAGAACAUCAGUGGAAAGUGGCCAGCAGAACUCUCACGACGCUGCCGGAACAAAAGCGAGCAGGAGAAUUGUGGCUUAAUCUGCAUCUCGCCCUACCGACAUUUCAAUGGAUGGCGGCGCACAGCACAGCCACAGACACACAGUGUCAGGAGUGUGGAUGUCAGGAUGAGACCCUCCCACACAUGUGGCUGGACUGUGACUCACAGGCCAAAUUCUGGCAAUGGUGGCAAACGGUGGGCACACGGAUACCUUUGCAUCCGGAAUGCCCUACACACAGAGGCCAAGUGAUGGUAGGGAUGGCACUAAUGGGGGCUGCAUCAACACUUGAGGCCGCUUAUGCAGGAGAUACUGUGAGAGCAGCAUUUUGGGGCGCGGUCUGGGCCAUAAGGGGACGCUUGCUUCGGACGGGACAACACGGUUCUCCGAACACACUCAAGGCUUGGACUUUGAAGAAUUUGCAGACGGCGGUCACAGCAGAUGUUCACCGCCGAAGAAACGGAGGCUGGUCCUUCUUCAGGGCUGCAUGGAAAUCAUAUCCACAGGUGUUGCGAAUUGAGGAACAAAAGGGAGAAUGGGCCUGGGCCCCCGCAUUUGAGGCAGUUCUCCGACAAUCACAAGACCGAGAAGAUGUGUCGCAGAACACGACUGACAGGUUUUGUCAUCUGGACUGCUUUGAUGAAGUCCGACUGCAAGUCUGUUGCUAUGCCCUUACGGAGAUUUGUUCUGAGAGUUUAUCAGGUGAUGGAUGGCUUUGUGAGAUUUUAUUAAGUGAUGGACGACUGAACUGGGCUCCUGUUUGCUUUGUUGUCCUGUUUCUAUUAAUGAAGUAUUACUAUGAGCCAGGUACCAACCAUAGGUUCAGAUCAAGAGUAGAGAUUUAUUGGUACCAGCAAACUGGAAUCAGGCCAGCAGUUUUGCCAUCACUGCCAUUCUCGGCGAUGACAGGCCCCUAUGCCGCUCAGUUCGGACCAUCACCAAGCGGUACCUCAGCAGCUGCACUAUCUCAGACUGUUGCUUCUUCAUCUUCUGGUCCAGCGGCUGGAGCUACACCACAGCCGCCACCUGUCUCACCAGUGGGACAGCAGCAACCUUGGUACCCCAAGACCCCUCUAAAACCACUUCCAACCUUCUCAGGAGAUACGAAGGACGAGGCACUCGACACUUGGUUGAGAACGGUUCCAGUGUGGGUCAGGGCAAGGAGGACGCUGGUAGAGGAGGAGGUGAUUAUUGUUGCAUCCUACUUAGAGGGUUCAACAACUCGUUGGCUAAAUGGAUUAGUGGCUUCAAAAGGGUUCGGCAAAAACAUGGAUGACUGGGCCAAGACCCAUACCCUUGAAAGGUUUAUAUAUUUAGUGGAGGUUCGAUGGCACAACCCUCAGCAGUCGCAAAUUGCCACUGAUGGGCUACUGAAACUUGACCCCAAGAAGCCGUUUGUUGUAACCACUAACACAAGCCAAUAUGGCAUUGGCGCAGUGUCGGCUCAACAGGAAAGGAAAAAGUUGAGACCAAUUGAGUAUAUGAGCAAAAAGAUGCCAUCAAAGAAGUUGGCAAACUCCACCUACGAGAGGGAACUCCAUGCUCUCUACAAGGCACUUGUCCAGUGGAGGCAUUAUCUGUUAGGGAGGUUCUUCCAUUUGAGAACUGACCAUCAUACCCUCAAGUGGAUCAAGACGCAACCAGUUCUCUCCAUAGAUCAAUAUGAUUUCAAACUAGACUAUGUGAAGGGAGAAUACAACAAGGUUGCAGAUGCGUUAUCCCGAAGGGCAGAUUACCUAGGUGUGCUGAUUUAUGAGUUUGGCUUAUCUGAAGACGUUACUCGAUCUUUGGGGGAAGCCUACAAGGAAGAUCCCAUGACGAUGGACAUCAUCAACAAACUGCAGGCCAAAGACAAGGCCACCUCUAAUGAGUUUGUGAUGGUGGAUGGGUUACUCUUUCUUGAAAAGGCAGGGUUUAAGAGCUACGUCAUCAUCUUCAAGGGACGGCUGCUCACAGCAGCAGCAGCGAAGAAGAAGGCAGAGGACGCCGAACAGGCACGUCUGCCGGCAAUUGAACAACAACGCCAGCAUGACGAGGCAGCAGCAAAGGCUGCUGAUGAAGAAAGAAUUCAACGUCGUGAGAAGAUAUUUAACGGAGAGCGGACCUUGCUCACAAUGGCAGCGGAAUGGCGGACCGAGGCCGAGAAUGGAAAGAUGGAGGAUUGCGAAAACAAGAUCGCUCUCCUCCUCUCCCAACUCACAGACCUCCUGGCUACAUGCAUUACACAGCAGGAGUACAUCCACAGCCUCGAUGACUCGCUGGCUCAAGUCCAAGGCCGCCUCCGGCAGUUGGAGCAGCGACCAGUCGCCGCCCCCAAUGCCAACUCUUCCAACACCUCCGAUCGCCUCGAAGCAUUGGAGAUGGACAUCGGCUCCCUCAAGGAUGGCGUGCAAUUACAGCAGACCGCGACGCAACAGUUGGAACAGCGGAUCUGUGCUACCGCCAACACCUCAGGACCAGAACCGCGCGAGACAGCUCCAAAGUUUGACGGGCAGGAGAUCUUCUGCGACUCGACGAAGACAGAUCCGAUUCCAUGGUUCCGCAAGUUCGAGCACACGUUGCAGCUACACAACGUCAAAGAACACAAGCAGCACGCGUACAUAUACUCCCACUCGGGGGGCGCAUGCCAGGCUUGGUUGGACAACCUCUUGUCCAAGUACGAAGUGGUAGCUAACGACUUGCACACCCAGAUCAGUUGCGAUGAUCUGAAGGCGGCGUGGCAUAAGCGGUUCCAAGUCGAGCCGCCGGAGAUCAAGGCUAUGGACAAGCUCAUGGUCUUCGAGCAAGGCACGCUGCCGAGUACCGACUGGAUUGUCGGGUACCAAUGCUUGACAUCAGUCUCAGACAUCCAGAUGGGCUUCAAAGCCAUCCGCCACUAUUUCAUCUCAAGGUCCUGUCCUGCAUUAAGUAAUGCCCUGACUCACGUCGAGGACACCUUGACGACAACGGCGGAACUUUUUGACAAGGCCGCGCAGAUCAUCAUUACGAACAAGGAGGCUAAGAACCUGCGUUCGUCUGCGGCAGGCCCGAGCAGGGACCAGCAUCUGCCAAGAGUGGCCGUGGUCGCGGCGGCAACGCCGCAAGGGCAAACAGGGAAACUGAGCACCGCCGAGAGUGACUCGACAAUACUCUCGACGCCUCAGGAACCGGUUUCUUCGCGAGUAACCGGCCUUCAUUCCGAGGCGCAUGCGGAAGUCGAUAGUCCUCCUCUUCUAUAUUCUUUUGAGGACUAUGCUGCUCGGCUCGUUCCUACGCUGGGUACUCAAGCUCAAGGACAAGAUGUGUGUGCGGCAUCUUCACCGUCCGGCAGCGGCGACUUAUCGUCUUCAAGUGGUUCUUCACGGGAUUCGGCGCGCGAGUUCAACAUAGAGGUAUUCGACCCGCUCACGUCCGAGGACUUUGCAUGGCUUCCUCUCCCGGCUACGGGCCACUUGCCGGGACCGCAAUGCGCAGCACUAUGCGCCCAUCUCCACACGUACUUAUCCUUCUAUGCACCACCAACUUCGCCGACGGAUGACGAAGUCGCGGUGGGGGACACCCUUGCGUAUGUUACCAAGGUGGCCCACGAGUUUCGCACGCAGCCAUACGAUGACAACAAUGCACCGCUCAUGUAUGUCCGCAUCCAGGUUGGGCAAGCGUCCUGCAGCGCUUUGCUGGAUAGCGACGCGUCUCGCAAUUUCAUGAGCCAAGCCUUCAUGCAAAGGCCUGGCCUUGGCGCACAAGUUUGGAGGAAGGCAAGCCCGACGGCGAUCAAGUUGGCGGAUGGAAAGACGCAGCAACUUCUCGACCGUUACAUCGAGGCCGUACCGGUUUAUUUCGCACGUCAUGCAUGCGAACCGGUAACCUUCGACAUUCUCGACGCGGACUUCGACAUCGUUUUGGGAAUGCCUUGGCUUGCAAGUGCGGAUCACACGGUCAACUUCCACCGGCGGACUCUUAGCGUUCGCGACGCCUUCGGCGUGGAAGUGGCGUGUAUUAUUCCUCUACCGCACCCUUCGAUUCGGUGCCAAGUGGUGACGGCCAAAUCAUUCUGGGCGACUUGCGCUUACGAGCAGCCCGAGGAGAUCGGCCUAUGUUUCCUACGGACCGUCGCGGUAGCCGACUCUUCACCCACAGACUUGUCUUCGGACCCCCGAGUGGUGCGGUUGCUAGACGAGUUCGCCGACAUCUUCGAGUCUCCUACCGGUGUGGUGCCGGAUCGGCCGAUCUCUCACGAGAUCAUUCUUGAGGCCGGUGUCGUGUCGCCGAAAGGUUGCAUCUAUUGGAUGAGCGAGGAGGAGCUUGAGGUCCUCCGCGCACAACUCGACGACUUGUUGGCCAAGGGCUGGAUCCGCCCUAGUAGCUCCCCAUAUGGAGCACCAGUUCUCUUCAUCCGGAAGAAGAACAAGUAUCUACAAUUGUGUAUUGACUACCGCAAGCUCAACGAGCAAACCGUCGAGAAUGUGGGGCCUCUUCCUCGCAUCGACGAUCUUCUUGAGCGAUUGGGCGGUGCAAAGUAUUUUUCUAAGUUGGAUUUAAAAUUGGGAUAUCAUAAAAUCUCGAUCCGAACGAAUGAUCGCUACAAAUCCGCGUUCAAGACGCGGUACAGGCAUUUUGAGUGGGUGGUCAUGCCUUUUGGCCUCACCAACGCCCUGACGACCUUUCAAGCGGCAAUGACCAACGAGUUUCGUGCAAUGUUGGACCGGUUCGUGCUGGUCUACUUAGACGAUAUUCUCAUCUAUAGCCGGGCAUUGGAGGAUCAUCUUGGGCAUCUUCGACGAGUGUUGGAGACGCUCCACCGCGCCAAGUACAAGGCCAACCGUGACAAGUGCGAAUUUGUCCGGCAAGAGCUGGAAUACUUGGACCAUUUUGUCACACCGGAGGGCAUCAGUCCGCUAUCGGACAAGGUUCAAGCCAUCCAAGAGUGGCCGGAACCUCGGAACAUCACGGAUGUCCGUUCGUUCCUUGGCCUUGCCAGCUACUACCAGCGUUUUAUCAAAGGCUACUCGAAGAUCGCGGCCCACUUGACCAAGCUUCAAUUCGAGGAUCGACCAUUUGACCUCCGAGAGGAGGCGCGGGAAUCAUUUUUGGCUCUCAAAGCCGCGCGAUUAUUUGCGGAGGUCUUGCGCAUAUAUGACCCGCUUUUGCUUACACGCGUCGCUACGUAUGCGUCCGGCUAUGGCAUUGGUGUCGUCCUCGAGCAACAUGACGGUGUGGACUGGCACCCGGUCGAGUAUUUCAGCAAAAGAGUUCCCGUCGUGCAUUCCAUUGACGAUGCACGCAAGAAGGAGCUCCUCGCCUUCGUAACGGACAACAAUCCGUUACUCUUCUAUAAGACCCAAGACACCGUCAACAGCACCAUCGCUCGAUGGAUGGCUUUCAUUGACCAGUUCGACUUCUUUCCCGAUCACAUUCCCGGGAAGUCGAACCGUUUUGCAGAUGCUCUUUCACGACGUCCGGAUCACUGUACCGCAGUCUACUCAACCUUCGAGAUCGACGAUGACCUGCGGAACAGCUUCAUCUGCGGCUACAAAGCCGACCCCGAGUUUCGCGACAAGUACACGAAUUGCUCCUCUCCUAAUCCACCGCCUUCUCACUACCGGAUCCAAGAGGGGUACUUGCUUGUCCACACGCGGGGGAAGGACCUUCUUUGCGUACCAAGUGAUCCUCACUUGCGUACACGGCUUCUUGGCGAGUUCCACGAUGCUCCCGCCACCGGACACUUUGGAGUCAAUCGCACGAUUGUCCAACUUCGUGAGCGAUUUUGGUGGCCCGGCCUUCUCGGCGACGUCACACGCUAUUGCGAGUCCUGCGAGGUUUGCCGAUGCUGCAAAUCCCGCAACCAUCGUCCAUACGGCGAGUUACGACCAUUACCAGUCCCAUUGAGGCGAAGGGAAGCGAUUGCCAUGGACAUCACCGGCCCGUUCCCCAAGCACAAGACCGGCGUGGAUGGGAUUUUCACGGUGGUCGACCGACUUACCAAGUUUGCCAUGUUUUUGCCUUGCGGCUAUCAUGCCAAGGCACCGGAGUUGGCCGAGGUUCUCUACGCCGGUUGGAUUCGAACCAAGGGUUACCCCAAGGAAAUCGUCUGCGACCGCGACAUUCGGUUCAUGUCCGAUUUUUGGUUGGCGCUCAUCAAGCGAUGGGGCUCAUCUCUCAAGCCCAGUUCAGCUCGCCACCCUCAGACCGAUGGCCAAAUGGAGAGGACGCACCAGACCGCACAGGUUCUCCUUCUCACUCUCAUUCGUCCUGACCAGAAGGACUGGGUUGAGCGGCUGUCGGAUGUCGAGUUGGCCUACAACUCUUCCAUCCACCCGGCUAUCGGGAUAUCACCUUUCCAGCGGGUGCUACGAUCGGCCAAGGCCCCAUCCAUUUCGGGAGGAGCUUGCGAGAGAUCGGCCUUGGCGUGGAGUGAUAUCUUUCUUGGAGAGGAUGAGGGAGACAAUGGUGUUAUCAGUGCGGAUGGUGAAGUAUUGCCCGUCGAGGUACGGGCGCCAGACUGUGAGGGCGUGAAUCACGGCGAGGAGUUCCUUCUCGUUGGAGGGGUAAUUCAUCUCCGCGGGAAGGAGCUUCUUGCUUGCGAAGGCGAUAGGGUAUUCGCCAGGUGGAGCCUCGGGGUGAGUGGGCGAGUCCUUGAUGGAGGGGGUCUUGGCGGUGUCGCGGGGGAAAUGUUCGGACGGUACGGCUCCGAUGGCGAAGUCGGAGGCGUCAGUAAUGACAUAGAAAUGGCGAGUGCGGUCGGCGAUCUUGAGGACAGGGGCUGUGGUGAUGGUUUGCUUGACGGAGACAAUAUGGCCGAGGUAUUCGACGCUCGAAGCGACAAACGUACAUUUGCUGAGCUUGGCGUAAAAUUUUUGCUCUCGGAGGAUCGAGAGGACUUGGCGGAGGUGCUGAAGUGGGAGGCGUUUGCGACGCUUGGGAGUCAUCCGGUGGAGGGGGCGUCGCCGGAGAGGGGGGAGGCAAACGAAUUGUCGAUGUCAGAUGGGCCAUCGGUGGGACGGAGGACGUCACCGAUGGGUGGGCCGACAUAUGCAAUGUCGAUGCCGGGUCAGUGUCCUGGGGACGGUGUUCAUGAUGAGGAGGGGCCCGCGCUUGCCGAGGGCGGUGAUGCGGAGGUUGCGGGUCGAGUGGAGGCGGACUGGCGGGUGAAUCGUGAUAGGGAAGAGGAUUGUGUUCGGUUAACAAGGAGCCGUGUACGGUUAAGUAAUAAUGGCCCAGGUGUUGUGGCCCGUGCGAGCAGAUUUGAUGGUGCUGAUGGUGCGAGGAGAUCGCUCACUUCAGGAGUUGAUGGUGCCGAUGGUGCUGAUGGUGCAAGAAGGUCGCUCGCUUCAGGAGUUGAUGGUGCCGAUGGUGCUGAUGGUGCAAGGAGUUCGCUCACUUCAGGAGUUGAUGGUGCUGAUGGUGCUGAUGGUGCUGAUGGUGCAAGGAGGUCGCUCGCUUCAGGAGUUGAUGGUGCUGAUGGUCCUGAUGGUGCAAGGAGAUCCCUCACUUCAGGAGUUGAUGUUGGUGCUGGUGCAAAGAGAUCGCUCGCUUCAGGAGUUGAUGAUGCUGAUGAUGCUGAUGGUGCACAGAGAUCGCUCGCUUCAGGAGUUGAUGGUGCUGAUGGGGCGAGGAGAUCGCUCACUUUAGGAGCUGAUGGUGCUGAUGGUGCUGAUGGUGCAAGGAGAUCGAUUGCUUCAGGAGCUGAUGGUGCUGAUGGUGCUGAUGGUGCUGAUGGUGCUGAUGGUGCUGAUGGUGCUGAUGGUGCAAAGAGAUCGCUCACUUCAAGAGUUGAUGGUGCCGAUGGUGCUGAUGGUGCAAGCCAAUCGUUCACUUCAGGAGUUGGUGUUGAUGGUGCUGACGGUGGAAGGAGAUCGCUCACUUCAGGAGUUGAUGAUGCUGAUGGUGCUGAUGGUGCUGAUGGCGCUGAUGGUGCUGAUGGUGCAAGGGGAUCACUUGCUGCAGGAGUUGAUGGUGCUGAUGGAGCAAGGAGAUCGCUCCCUUCAGGAGUUGAUGGUGGUGAUGGUCGUGAUGGUGCAAAGAGAUCGCUCACUUCAGGACUCGAUGGUGCCGAUGGUGGUGAUGGUGCAAGGAGAUCACUCACUUCAGGAGUUGAUGGUGGUGAUGGUGCAAGGAGAUCACUCACUUCAGGAGUUGAUGGUGGUGAUGGUGGUGAUGGUGGUGAUGGUGGUGAUGGUGCAAGGAGAUCGCUCGCUUCAGGAGUUGAUGGUGCUGAUGGUGCUGAUGGUGCAACGAGAUCGCUCACUUCAGGAGUUGAUGGUACUAAUGGUGCUGAUGCUGCUGAUGCUGCUGAUGCUGCUGAUGCUGCUGAUGCUGCUGAUGCUGCUGAUGUUGCUGGUAGUGUUGAGAUUAUGAAGAAGAGGUCAGGGCUUUUGGGGGAAGGUGGCCACGCGAGAGAUAAUGUUGUCAGAAAAAUUCAAAACAAGAGGCAUGCUGAGAUUAUGGUGAGUGGGAAAGUCUUUGAACUGGUCAAUUUGGAUAGUGACGAUGACGAGCCACUUGCUGAUCAUGUGGGAGUGAAAAUCUGGGGCAGUCGUAAAUGUGGCAGUGACAAGAGUGGUGGUGAUGUAAAUAUUCUCGCAGACAACACCAACAGAUUGCCAGUUUCUGCCAAUCCCGAAUCGCGAACAAUGACCAACAUUGACUGCAGGGGAUUCGACCUCAACAUUAGGCCAGAGGAAAAUGUUGUUGUUGCUCCUGAAGAUGUUACUAUUUCAUGUACUGAAGGUGUGGUCAAUGGUGGACGUAGCCAGUCCCACAACGGGGCUGAUGAGAACUGUAUCGAAACAGUGCAGGGAAGAAAAGAUGUAGGUGUUUGCAGGGCCAGAGUGGAGCCGAGGUUGUGUGUGGACGGUAUCAAGUACAGGUGGCAAGGUGCAUGUACAAGACUUGAGAAUAAACGGAAUGGCAUGGCAGUGGUGGAUCAGGAGUGUGUAAAGUGUGGCGACAAUGUUGAGUGGCAGCCUGCUUCUGAGGUGGGGGUUGGAAAAGUUGGAAGUACAGUGAAAAGGUUGCGGCCAAUGAAGGUGGUGCUGGCAAAACGGCGCAAGUUCGAUUCUUAGUGGUAGGGGUCAGCCAUGUAUACUAGGUGGCUCAUGGAGACGUGAUGGGAGGGGAGGCGCACCCUAGAUGGUAGAAGCAGCAAUUUGGAAUGGCUCUGCAAAUUGUCUGUUAUCUGACUGCAUUGUAAGGGCUUGUGAUUUACCGGUUCUAACUUCUGUCAUGUCAAAGUUUGUGCGGGACAAACACUCUACUGGCCAGUUGUCAAGGAGUGUACGGGGCAAGACACUGAUGUGAAUUCAACAAAUGCGGGAUGCCUAC